UUUCUUUCUUCCUGGCGGAGUUUCUUUAGCUUUGAUUUUGGAUAAAAGAGAAAGAAAGAAAGAAAGAAAACGAAAUGGAAACUAAAAUAAUACGAUUUCUAUUUCCUUGUUGCGUGUAAUACUAGUACUCUCACUCUCUAUCUAUCUGACGCCAAUUCUCCUGUAUGUGAAUCAUCAUCGGAUAGUCAAGCAAGCAAUUUUAGUCUAAUUUUGUCGCAGCUGGAUCUGAAUUUGGACAACAUCCUCUUAACAUAUUGAGAUGGGUGUGUAUCUCAGUACUCCUAAAACUGACAAGUUUUCCGAAGAUGGUGAGAAUGAUCGACUCAGAUAUGGGCUGUCAUCCAUGCAGGGUUGGCGCACUUCAAUGGAAGAUGCUCAUGCGGCUUAUCCUGAUUUGGAUGCAAACACAUCAUUCUUUGGUGUUUAUGAUGGCCAUGGAGGUAAGGUUGUAGCAAAGUUUUGUGCUAAGCAUCUGCAUCUACAAGUCCUUAAGAGUGAAGCAUAUUCAACUGGAGAUAUAGGAACCUCACUUCAGAAAUCUUUUUUCAGAAUGGAUGAGAUGAUGGUUGGGCAAAGAGGGUGGAGGGAACUUGCUGUUCUUGGUGAUAAGCUAAACAAGUUAGGUGGUAUGAUUGAGGGACUUAUAUGGUCUCCAAGAAGCGGUGAGAGAAAGGAGCUUGUAGAUGAUUGGGCUUACGAGGAGGGACCCCAUUCUGAUUUUUCUGGACCGGACUCUGGGUGCACAGCAAAUGUUGCAGUUUUAAGGGAAAACCAGCUUAUUGUAGCUAAUGCGGGUGACUCGAGAUGUGUGAUAUCUAGAAAGGGUCAGGCAUAUAAUCUGUCCAGAGAUCACAAACCUGAUCUUGAAGCUGAACGAGAGAGGAUAUUGAAAGCAGGUGGUUUCAUCCAUGCAGGAAGAGUUAACGGCAGUCUAAAUCUUACGAGAGCAAUUGGAGAUAUGGAAUUUAAGCAGCACAAGUUUUUGCCAGCCGAAAGGCAGAUUGUGACCGCCAGUCCAGAUAUUAAUACUGUUGAGCUUUGCGAAGAUGAUGAGUUUAUUGUGCUGGCAUGUGAUGGUAUCUGGGAUUGUAUGUCAAGUCAGCAACUUGUAGACUUCAUAAGGGAACAUUUAAAGACUGAAACAAAGCUGUCGGCCAUAUGUGAAAAAGUCAUGAGCAGGUGUUUAGCUCCAUCGACAGUGGGUGGCGAGGGAUGUGACAACAUGACGAUAAUCUUGGUGCAAUUCAGGAGACCAAUCGAAUCAAACCCGAGCCCUGUGGAUAAACCCUCUGCUUCUUCUUCUUCAAGCCAUGACAACUAGAUAUGGCCUUUACCUGAUAACUGUGAGCAUUAUUAUAAUCCUUCAAGUAAUGAAGGUGGUUGAUUCAUCUGGCACUUGCCCUCAUCAUCCCUGUUCUGUACAUACUUCUUCUUCACAAGCGAAAUAACAGACUCAUGUCGUGGAUCUUGGUGAAUUAGUAACGGGUGUGUGACGGUGAUCGUGGAAUUUUUGGGAUUCGUCGCAAAUGUUUAUGUUGUUUCUUCUUGUUUUAAUUAAUUUAUGACAACUUUUCUCUUGACUUGAUCUUAAAUUUCUUCCACUACUUGAUUAUAACCUGAUUACUGUCUUUUAAUGAAAAUCUUUGAUUUUGCAUUUGUAUGAUGCA